AUGGCGUGGAUGGACGAAAAGGGUCGUAGACACUUUGUAUCACAACCAGCAGGCUCAGGAAUCAAGUGCGGACCGCCACGUAGCUAUAGCGUAAAAGAAGGUGCCAGCAUGCCAGUUCAUGAUGAUGAUGAUGAUGGUGAGAAUCAAAUUGAAGAGGGUGAUUUUGAAAGACGACAGUCAAAGCAUGCAAUGAAGGGGAGUCGUCAAAUGGCGUGGAUGGACGAAAAGGGUCGUAGACACUUUGUAUCACAACCAUCAGGCUCAAGAAUCAAGCGCGGACCGCCACGUAGCUAUAGCGUAAAAGAAGGUGCCAGCAUGCCAGUUCAUGGUAGCAUUGAUCCGUAUAUGUUUCCGUCUAAACAAAAGUCAGUAAAAGGCAUGUUCUCAGGUGAGAACUUGAAAAAGUUGGGAAAAGCUAUUUUGAAGUUCUUCCUCUUCAAUGCAAUACCAUUCAAUGCAACUGAUAGUGGCCCUUACUAUUAG